AUGGCGCAGGGUAGAUUCGAAAUGAAACGCGGAAGUAUGACCCUUCAAGAUGGGAGUCGCUUUGCAAUAGCUGCAUCCAGCGCUACAUCAAAAGCUGCUUCUAGCGCUACACUAAAAUUUGAUUCUAGCGUUAUUCUGAAAGCUGCUUUUAGCGCUGUACUAAAAGCUGCUUCGAGCGCUAUACAAGGAGCUGUUACGUACGAACGAAAUCUUUUGCUCGUACCGAAAAAGUCUCACGUAACCAAUUCGUGUCAAACACAGCAGACGAUGCAUCCUCAUCUUAAUGGUAAUGAUGCAUUUUCUGCUAUACCACCAUUGACAGGACUAGGAGCGUUAACUAAUCUGACUGAACUGGAAUGUCCCGUUAUAGCAAAAGUAGAAAAAACAUGCUCCGGCCUCAGAAAAUGUAUACCUCUAGCAGUCACAACUUUGACGGAGAGUAAACGCGAUGAAAUGAGAGAAAAAAAGUUCGUUAUUAAUCGUCUGAAUGAUGGAAGUAAAACGGCGACAUUGCCAAUGGCUGCUGAAUACCAUGAGCGUUUGUCGGAAAUUGCAAAAGAUGCUAAAGAAAUAAAAGAAUUAAUCCAACAGAAAGUAGAUGAAAUCGAAAAGGAUCAAGAAAAUAAUCCAGAUUCAGGUAACCAAAAGGUUCCACAUGGGUGCGAUCCAAUCGAGGCUGAUGAUGCUAUGAAAGAUUUUAUUAAUUUGGGCGCGAAUGAAGCUCAUAAGGAAAAAAAUGUUUCAGAUAUGAUCCUAGAAUUGAAUGCAGAUCAGAAACGCAUAUUCGACUCAGUAACCAAUGCAAUAAAUUCUGGAGAAAUACUCAGAUUAUAUGUGAGCGGAGAGGGUGGAACAGGCAAAAGUUUCUUGAUAAAAACCAUAACGUGUUGGCUUAGACAAGUGAAAAACAAGGAUUCGGCGGUAACUGCUCCCACUGGGAUAGCUGCCUUUAACAUUGACGGAUUAACUUUACAUAGAUUGCUUCAGCUGCCCGUCGAACAUAAUCGUACACCGAAAUAUCGGGAGCUGUCGGAUGCAGCUUUGAAAGUCAUUAGGGAUAAUUUUAAAAACGUUGAUCUGAUAAUUAUUGACGAAAUAUCGAUGGUCUCAAAUAUUACUUUAAUGUACAUUCAUCUUAGAUUGACUGAAAUUUUUGACACCACUGACGUUGAAAAUGGCUGGUUCGGGAAAACAAAUAUUAUAGUUUUUGGUGAUCUUCUACAAUUGCCACCUGUUCGGGAGGAACCAGUGUUUAUAAAGCUUUCAAAAGAAAAGGUUGAAAAAUUAAUUGGAUCGUUGAGUAGCAUCGAUUUGUGGGGCAGUUUAUUCAAGUACGAUGAACUAACAAUCAAUAUGCGUCAGAAAAAUGACGUAUCGUACCGAGAAAUGCUUUCAAAAAUCCGUUUGGGUUGCAUAGAUACCGAAAGUAUGCAAAUGUUAGAGUCGAGAAAGAUUGAAAUAACAUCUUCGAAUAUUCCUGAUAGAAUUAAGGAGUUGUGCGAUUAUAUAAGUACAUUGCAAACGGACAUAGUUUGUUUAAUGCCUACAAAUCGCAUGUGUGAUGUGUUGAACGAGGCAAUGUUAGAUCGGAUCCCGUCAAAAGAAAUCCACUUAGUUGCUGAAGAUUUAAUCGAUAAACCAUCGUUUAAAAAUAGGGUUACGAAGAUUUUACAUCGGUGGGAGGAUGACAUAAGUCAAACUGCCGGGCUCGCUAGGGUGAUUUCAAUUAAAAUCGGUUCCAAAGUUAUGCUUCGACGUAAUAUCGAUGUCACAAUUGGUCUCGUUAAUGGAACGAUUGGCGAGGUAGUUUCGGUCUCUGAAUCUUUGGAUGGAAGUACAAUUAAAGGAGUCACUAUCAAACUCACAAAUGGUAUGCAAUAUGAUAUAGAGCGUGUAAGCGUUAAAUUCGAAGUGAUCGACGGUGUUUACGUAACGAGGAGACAAUUUCCUUUGUGUGUUAGUUAUGCUAUUUCGUUUCAUAAAAGUCAAGGAUUAAGUCUAAAAUAUGUUGUUAUGGAUUGCGCGAACACUAUAUUUAGCUGUGGCCAAAUUUAUGUCGGUUUGUCGCGAGUUACAUCUCUUGAAGGUUUACAUCUAAUAAAUUUCGAUCCAUAUUCUAUUCGUGCUAAUUCUAUGUGUAUUAGUGAGUACAACCGAUUGAGAAAAUUGUAUCGACCUGAUCUAGACAGUAUACAAAUUCCCAAUACUCGUGGACCUAAAACACACGAUGUUGUUUGGGCCGUACCAAAAGGAUUGACUGAUGUGCAAAUGCAAGAUAACGUAACAUGUGAUCGGCAGGAAAAUAUUUUUACCGGAUUUUUGAACGUUGAUGGCAUAUCUUGUUAUGCUAAUGCCGUCAUUCAAUGUUCUCUUUUUGACAUUUUUAGUUCAAUAAAACACAAAUCAGUUGGAGUAUUGGGUACAAGCAUAUGGAAAAAGGCACCGGGAUUUAUAUUUGGUUGGGUUAGUCAUAUUUUACAGAGAGGUUCAACUCCGGUAGAACUCGCAACGAAUUUGCAAGCGAGAAAAUGUGGAUUAGGCCUCUUGGGGAUACCACGUAAAAAAAAACGCGCCUAG